AAUUCUAGGUCGCUCCCUCUCCUGUGCUCUUCGCCAGCACCUGUGCCCGUGUCAGUCAGUACUGUAGUGAUAAGCGCACAGGAUAGUCGGCAACAGCAAGUGUACCCACGAGCCGGCCGCGUAGUUCUAACAGUCGUCAAAACCAGAAGACGUGAUGGCUUGCGUGAGCCGACCGAAGCCUCCUGCCUUCUGGGGACAGACGGCCAUGCUCCUGAUCCUCCUGGGUCAAGUGAUCCAGACAGGGAGUGAGGCUCAGGUGGACGUUCCUCCGGACUCCUUGUACUUUGACCCCCGUUACCAGUUCAAUCCGAGCCCUCCACCCUUCCAAGGGCGCCCCCAGGGGAAAGCAGACCAGAGGUCGCUGAAUCCCCUUAACUACCAGCAGUUCAACCCGUACAGCCAGAUUCCCCAGCCGGGUUUCGCUCCGAACCCCAACCCUAAGCCCGUGAAAGAGGUGACCCUCGACGACGCUCUCAACGCCUUUCUGAAGACGCAAGACCCCAAGUAUUACCAGUACUAUCAAGGUGGGAACCCAAGGGACGGUGCCAUCCCCGUAACCUCCGGGCCCCCCGGCACCCCUUACACGGCGGACCCCCAAGUCGCCGCGCUACUCAAACAGAUUGACAGUGUAGGAUCACAGCAGUGUGCAGCAAAUGUGUUAGCCCAGUGGAACUUCGAAACUAACGUCAACGAAGUAACUCAGGUGGAAGCGCUGAGAGCUCAACUGGCCUACUCCGAGUUCCAAGCGCGGGUUCGCACUCUGGUGUCGAAGAUAGAACGAGGGACAGUAGGAGACCCACAUCUCUGGCGGCAGUUGCGGCACUUGGCUGUCAUCGGACCUGCAGCCCUCCCCCCAGAUCAGCUGGACAGGUACAAUCGCGUGAUAAACGACAUGUUGGAGAUUUUCAACAGCGCAACCAUCUGUGCGUACAACGAGCCUCUGCGCUGCGGUCUGCGGCUUGAACCAGAUAUCCAGAACAUCAUGGCGCACAGCCACGACUGGGACGAGCUGCAACAUACUUGGGUGGAAUGGAAUCGUCGGUCUGGGAUGAAAGUGAGGGACCUCUACGAGCAACUGGUGGACCUCAGCAACUACGCUGCCAGGCUCAAUAAUUUCACGGACUACGCCGAGUACUGGAUGUUCCCUUACGAAGCGGCAAGUCUGCGGUUUGACCUGGAAGACGUUUGGGAGGAGAUCAGGCCGUUAUACGAGCAGCUGCACGCUUACAUCAGGCGGAAGUUACGAGACCUGUACGGACCAGAGAAGAUCAGCCGGCAGGCUCCACUACCGGCGCAUAUACUAGGUAACAUAUGGGCGCAGUCUUGGAGCAAUAUCCUGGAUGUCACUAUCCCUUACCCGGGAAAGAACUUUCUGGAUGUCACUACAGAGAUGAACAAACAGGGCUACACCCCGGGAACAAUGUUCCGCCUGGCGGAAGAGUUCUACGUAUCUCUUAACUUCAGCGGCCUCCCCCCGGACUUUUGGACGCAUUCCAUUCUGGAAGAUUUACCGGGCCGACAGAUUAUCUGCCAGCCCUCUGCCUGGGACUUUUGCAACGGACGUGACUACAGGAUAAAGAUGUGUACCCAGGUGACGAUGCAGGAUCUGAUCACUGCCCACCACGAAAUGGCUCACAUCCACUACUUCAUGACGUACAAGAACCAGCCCAAAGUGUUCAGAGACGGGGCUAACCCAGGGUUUCACGAGGCCAUCAGCGAAGCCGUGUCUCUGUCGGUAACCACCCCUCACCACCUGCAGACCCUAGGCCUGGUGCUUCGGUCGGUCGACGACAUCCCUCACAACAUCAACUUCCUGUUCUCCAUGGCACUGGACAAGGUGGCCUUCCUCCCCUUCGCGCUCGCCUUGGACUUCUGGCGUUGGGACAUAUUCCAGGGCAACACGCCCAGAGACCGCUACAACUGCCAUUGGUGGGACCUCAGAGAGAGGUUGAGCGGCAUCAAACCUCCAGUUCUGAGGUCGGAGACAGAUUUCGAUCCAGGAUCCAAGUACCACGUUCCUGCCAAUAUCCCGUACAUUCGGUACUUCGUAGGCACCGUGCUCCAAUUCCAAAUCCAUCGCGCUCUCUGCAAAGCUGCCCAGCAGUCCGAGCACAAUAAUGCCUAUGGACAGCCGCUCCACAAGUGCGAUAUUUAUCGUAGCAAGGAAGCAGGUCACGUACUACAGAAGCUUAUGGAGAAGGGGUCUUCAGAACCCUGGUCUGAAGUAUUGUAUGCUGCUACUGGAGAGACCCGACUAGAUGGAACUGCUAUCAGAGAAUACUUCCAGCCUCUGGAGGAGUGGCUGAGGAGUGAAAACCUACGGACCCAGGAGUAUGUAGGCUGGAACUACGACGGAGACUACUGCAAGUACAGCAUUGAGACAGCAAAUCUUCAGGUGUAUGGAGGAUUCUACAACACGGCAUCACACCACACACAUAACAGUAACCUCACACUUGCGGCACUGUCGAUUCUUGUGCUCUUAUUAUCGAUAAAUGUUAAGUUUUAGUUCACUUAGUUGCCAUAGUAACUCAAGAGUGGAAUCUAGUGUGCCCUUUAACUCCAUACUGUUAUACUUUUUAUAAUCUCAAAGCAGACAGUUUAACACAUGUUUGCAAAUGUCAUUUAUAUUUUUUCGUUUGGUUAUAAAAUAUGUGUUUUUAUAUUAGAAUUAAUCAGUUGAUAAGCCAUGUGUUUAUUAAUACUUAUGGGUAGUUUUUAUUUAGAACUUACCACUAAGAACUUUUAGCUGAGGUGUAAAUAAACCUAUUCUUUUUAAAUAACCAUGUUAUAGGACAUUGUAAUAAGUGCAUAUUUGUGUCAUACUACAUAACAAGAUUAAAUCAAUGGUGACAUCUUAACUGAGGUGAUAUAACUUAAAAUUCAAUGGUACAACAAACAGUUACCUUAACACUUAACCAAAUAGCAAAUAGGCUAUCAUUAUGACCACAACAAAUGUUUUGGAAGACAAAUUUGCUCUCUCAAAUUUACAAAAUAACAUAUCUAUGCAGUUAAGCCUUCAAUUUCUGCAAAGUUUCGGAAUUUAAAAUCGCUAAAUCGUUUGACUAGAAUAUUUUUACAUCCAAUCCACUUCCUUUCCUCUUAACGUAAUGUUUUGGACUGUUGAGUCAUGCCUGCUGUAAUAUAUUCAGAGGGAAACUGUUACAUUGUAACAAUACGUUAAGAAGUGCAUCAGAAACAUCAGUCAGUAACAAUGUGCAAGCACAACUCCAAACCUAUUACUUUCCAUGGCAGUGGUUUAAUUUUGUUUGUUUGUGUCUGGUACAUCGCAAUUGGUUAGUUCAAGCAUUUGGUUUAAAGUUGUUAAAAGAUAGUUCACCUCUCAAUGAUUAUCUUUCACUAUCCUGGAAUUCAUGUUUUAAGUUCAGAAUUCACUAUUUCUCACAAUUGGAAUAAUAUAUUCCUCUCACCGAAUUAAAAUUACACUUACAAUUUACCAUCCAUCAUUUAAAAACUUUAUAUCUUAGAUAUUAUAUAAAGGUAACCUUUGAAUAUGGCAUAAAAAUAUAGUAUAAAAACAAAUUGUUCAGUUAAUACAUUAUGAAGAUUAAAACCCCUGUUUUUCCUAAAGCCAAUUAUAGCAUUUUAUAGCCAAAAUUAAGUUUUUGGACAUUUAAAUAGGGUUAAAUCUAAUUGUAUUUUUUCAAAAAUUCUGCUAUGUGAGUUUUGAGAAAUUUGAGAACUGUGCAAUAGCUUGUUAGCAUAAACCUAUACAUAUGAAAGGGCAAACCAUGUUCUUGUUGUUUUUUUUUUUUUAAUUUAAAGCUAUAAAAGAGAAAACUUUCAAUAGCAAACAAGAAAAUACUAUGAAAACAAAAACAUAAUGGUUUAUUAAUCUUAAGUAGAGUUAAAUUUCAUUACUUAGUUUAGAUAAUUCCUUAAGCUUUAACUGUCUAUGUUUGUGUACUGUCUUUUCUCUUCUAUCUUAUAACACUUUAUACUACGGGACCUAAUUUAAGAGUACUUAACUGUAUAGCAGGUUUAAAAUGAUAUUUGUAACAUGUUUUAUUCCCACUUAUGUUACCAAUAUACUACUAAAAUAAAUUGUUUUUCUUAAUACACAUUUUAGUAUUGCAAUUUUAUACAUAGUUUAAUAUAACGUAAGAAUUUUAAAUUAGUACAAUACUAAAAUGGCUUUAAAUAAAUGUUUUUUUAUAUGUUAA